AUGGCCAUACUAUACUUCAGUAGCCUUGUCUUCCUGACAUCUCUCAUCACGGAGCUAGUGACAGCUUCUCCAUUGUCAAGUCGUAGUCAAGAUCCGAACAAACAAUGGACGUUCUCAGAGAUUCCACCUUCCCAUGGCCUCGAUACUUGGUAUCCUUGUUUCACCAACUUUACAUGCGCUCUCCUUGACGUUCCACUAGACUAUACCAAUCGAGAUCUUGGAAGAUCGUACAUUCCAAUUAUCAGAUAUGCGGCAACGACCACACCUUACAAAGGCAUAGUGUUGACGAAUCCCGGCGGACCAGGAGGCUCAGGCGUAGAGUUUCUUCAAGAAGCUCUUGGUACAGGACUUCAGGUUGUGGGCACAAAUUAUGACCUCGUUUCCUGGGAUCCUCGAGGAAUUGGUGCCAGUAUUCCUGCAGCGAAUUGCACUUUGCCAUCGAAUCUCAAACGGCGGUCACUUGAACCUCUUACUGGUCCCGAAUUGGCCCCAAUCUUCUUCGAGGCUAGUUAUAAUCAGUCAGUUGCCAUAGGAAUUGCAUGUAAGAACUCCAUUGGAGGCAAAACUCAAGCAGGUCCACACGUGACUACGGCCACAGUCGUCCGAGAUAUGAUCUCCAUGAUUGACGCAUAUGCUGCGAGUGAGAAAGGAAAGUCCUGUGAGGACGCAUCUUUGUUGAAUUACUGGGGUUUCAGCUACGGAACUUUCAUUGGCCAAACAUUCGCAUCAAUGUUCCCCAAGCGGCUUGGAAGAGUUGUGCUUGACGGAGUGCUCAAUCCGGAUGAUUGGGUUCAAGGGACCGGCCAGAAUUUGAUUACGUUCACCGACGAAGCAUUCUCGACUUUCUUCGACUACUGUUAUGCUGCUGGCCAAACGAAUUGUCCGUUCUCGACUGGCACCAAUCCUCAUGACAUCUAUCUCCGUUUCGAAUCCAUGGUCUCCAAACUUAAUGCUACAUACGCAUAUCAACAAGGCUGGAGCAAUGCAACGGCGAUUGAACUUCUGCUCACCGGCAUUAAACAAGUAAUAUUCGCAGAGAUUUACGAACCAAUUGAUGGAUUUCCACCCAUUGCCCAAGCUCUUGUAGCUGUUGAGUCCGUCCUACCCAAUCUCACGCUCUCCGCUCUCGAGGAACUGGAAAAGGACAUAGGACUCGUUAUUACGAACCCACCUGAUGUCACCAUCCCCAGUCUAUGGGAGCGGGCUGUGUUGUGCACAGACACAGGUGGAAUCGCAUACGGGAAAUCAUUGUCUGAGAUUGCUCCGCUGGUGUCACGGGAAGAGAGCGAGAGUUGGCUUGCGGGAGAAGAUCUAUCCGGUCAAGAUAUUAGCUGUGCUGGGUGGCCUAUUACUUCGGAUUAUCGAUAUGCAGGUCCUUUCUAUGCCAAGGUCAAUAAUCCGAUACUAUUCGUCAGCAACACUCUUGACAUAAUUACCCCUCAUCAGAAGUAA